CUCUCUGCGCGCGGGAAGAUGGCAGAACAGGCUACCAAGUCCGUGCUGUUUGUGUGUCUGGGUAACAUUUGUCGAUCACCCAUUGCAGAAGCAGUUUUCAGGAAACUUGUAACCGAUCAAAACAUCUCAGAGAAUUGGAGGGUAGACAGCGCGGCAACUUCCGGGUAUGAGAUAGGGAACCCCCCUGACUACCGAGGGCAGAGCUGCAUGAAGAGGCACGGCAUUCCCAUGAGCCACGUUGCCCGGCAGAUUACCAAAGAAGAUUUUGCCACAUUUGAUUAUAUACUAUGUAUGGAUGAAAGCAAUCUGAGAGAUUUGAAUAGAAAAAGUAAUCAAGUUAAAACCUGCAAAGCUAAAAUUGAACUACUUGGGAGCUAUGAUCCACAAGAAGAUCCCUAUUAUGGGAAUGACUCUGACUUUGAGACGGUGUACCAGCAGUGUGUCAGGUGCUGCAGAGCGUUCUUGGAGAAGGCCCACUGAGGCAGGUUCGUGCCCUGCUGCGGCCAGCCUGACUAGACCCCACCCCGAGGUCCUGCAUUUCUCAGUCAGUGUGUAAUCACGUUCCAGGGCCCAAAGCCCCAGCUCUUUGUUCAGUUGACUUACUGUUUCUUACCUUAAAAAGUAAUUGUAGAUGGAAAUCAGUUGUGUUUGGCAGAAGAAUCAAUAAAAAUCUUUGAUUCAGACA